AUGGUGCUUUGGCCAGUUCCAGUAGCAGCUGACAGCCCUUUCACUCUCGCUAGCCUACCAUAUGGCAUCUUCAGUACCUCUAAUCGUGAAAAGCGUGUGGGAGCAGCUGUCGGCGACUUCAUCCUGGACCUUUCCUCCAUGGAAAGCUCAUCAAUCCUCAAGGCCAUCCUGCAGGGCCAUGAGUGUGGCGAUAACGGCAGGKUCAUUUUCAAUUMUGAGGAUCUGAGCAACUUUGCAACUGUUCCAACUAUUAUGCGAAAGGCGCUUCGCCAACAGCUCAUUAACUGGCUCAGUGAUCCCACUUCACCUCUUUUUCAGGAUGUCGCCUUGAACGAGGUGGCUUUUGUGCCUAUGAGGGACGCGACGAUGCAUCUACCUUUCAAGAUUGGAGGAUUUUCUGAUUUUAUGUGCUCGGAUGUCCAUAUUGACAAUUGUAGUAACCUGGCUGGUGCUCGGACUCCAGCCAGCCACUACGCCAUGCCUACCGGCUACAAUGGCCGUGCAUCUUCGGUCGUUGUCGAGUCAGCACCAGUUCACCGACCAUUCGGACUCAUCAGGGACAAGGAAACAGGAAAGUUCGUAUUCAAACCCAGCAUGAGUAUGGAUUAUGAAGCCGAACUGGGUAUAUUUAUCUCUCAUGCGGUCCCAUUUGGGAAAACUAUCACUGCUGAUGAGGCUGAGGAGCAUAUAUUCGGUUUUGUUUUACUGAACGACUGGUCCGCGAGAGAUAUACAGUUCUCCGAGAUGAACCCCCUUGGUCCCUUUAAUGGCAAGGCAUUCGCAACUAGCAUCUCGCCUUGGAUUAUCCCACUAGAAGCCUUGAAAAAUGCACGUUGCUCUUCGUCCUGUGUGGACUUGCGUAGUGGCGGAUCUGCUGGUGCGCCUCAUUUAAGCCAUGCUAUUGCUGAAUCCACGUGGGAUAUUGAAGUUGAGGUUUCAGUCAACCGAAGCAAGUCUGGAGAGAAAGAUUCUAUCCUGAUGACCCGCUCGAAUCUCCGCGAUCUCCGUUGGUCCCCUGGCCAGAUGGUUGCACAGCUUGCUUCGUCAGGCUGCGGCUUAAACACAGGUGACCUUCUAGGCACCGGCACAAUUUCAUCACCGAACGACACACCUACUCUCCGUACCCUUGGAUGCCUUCUUGAAUUAACAGAAGCCGGCAAAAUUCCUGUUGGUCAGCGUGAGGGAAGCAAGCUCACUUUCCUGGAGGAUGGAGAUGAGGUUGUGAUGACAGCUAUAGCAGCCGGAGGCACUGUAAACUUAGGAACACUACGUGGCCAGUUGCAGGAGCCCCGCAAUAUCGCAACAGCUCUGUAG